CGUACGAGUUAAUUUAACGUGACGCCACAGCUCGCUCCUUUUUGUCACGGUCUGUGUGUCAGUAGCUUUCUCCCUGAUGAAGUAGUGAGUGCGGCUGACCGUUAUACCGAAGUUCUCUUUCGUCUACUACUCUAGACUACCGCCUCUGUACGUUUUUUGGAAGGCUCCGGUCGACUCCACUCUCUGCUGUGUACAAUUUGGGAGGUGAAAACCAGGCCCUGAAUUGCAGUAAUGGCGUCCUCUAUGCGCGCUGUGGAAGCCCGUGCUCGCUUAAAUGACGCUAUUUUAGAUUAUAAAAAUGCUUCAAGAGAACUAGACUUCUUUGGUGGCCCAUCCUACGCAAGGGAAAGCGAAUUUUCCAGGUUUGAACCUUAUGAGUCUUAUGACUUGAGGUCUUCUCUGGUUGGGCAAGAUCUGUACAGAUCUGGCUAUGGUAAUAGUGAUCUCAAACGCAACAGCUUCGGAGAUAGUUUUGGUGAUCGCUAUGAAAACUACCGGAAUAGCCUUGACACUUUUGAAGGUAGAAACCAGGGCAGGUACUCACGUCAAGCAUUGAGGAAUGAUUAUAAGGAUGGCAGAUUUUCUUCACCCUACAAUAAGCCUUCAGCUGUAGGCUCUCUGGGGAGAGGAAUGCCUGGUUUUCAUGGCAGUGCAUUUGGCAGCAGCUUUGCUGCUUUUGGAGGACCAUCACGAGGCAGAGGUCGUGGCAGAGGACAAAGGGGAGGAUAUGCUUUAAAAGCUGGAGCUGAAAGAGGUGCAAAGCGGAAGAAUGUGCAGCCUUCCAAGCCUGCUGGAAAUCCUGUAAAGAAACAAAAGGUGGUAAAAUCUGGACCAGCUCAAACAACCAAAAAAAAUUCUCCACAAGUGAAAGAUGAUGCAGAGGAAGAACGCCGCACUGAAGCACGAAAAGAGAACCAGAGGCGAAGGAAGGAUAAAUACAUUGAAAAAUAUGGAGAUGGAUACUGGAUGGCAUUCACAUGUUCGUUUUGCAAAUUUCGAUCUUUUGAUGAGAAAGGCAUUGAAGAACAUUUAAAUAGUGAUUACCAUAAGGAAAUGCUAAAUCAUAUUCAGAAGCAAACAAAGUUUGACCAGACUGCUGUUGACUUUCUUCAUGAGAGUAUUGCAAAUAAGUACAAGAAAACGGCAGCUCGCCAAGCUUCUUCUCAGAGUGGCUCUGCAGACAAAGUGGAAAAAGAUGUGAUGGAAGGUAUUACGACUGAGGAUCACAUGCUCAGAGUUGAGAUGGUGCAUUGCAGUGCCUGCAAUAUUUAUGUUCCAGGUUUACGUAUUUCUGUACAGUUGCAUCUGAAAUCUCCUGAACAUUUAAAGAACAAAGCGACCUACAGGGAACAAAUAAAACGAUCAAGCAUUUUGAUUGCUACUAGUAUGUUAAACAAUCCAGUUGUGAAGGCACGAUAUGAAAUGUUCUUGAAGGGUGAAAAUCCCUUUGAAAGUCGGGAAACUGAUGUAACUGCUGAUAUGGACACUGGCGCAGAGGGGGAUGUGCGUGUAGACACUGAAGAUGCAGAAGCAGCAGCUGAACCAUUUGACUCCUAAAUAUUUCAUAUGGUCAUCAGUGACCAUUUAAAGAUUAAAAUGUUAUCAAACAAUGUUAAUCCCACUUUAAAAUUUUAGAUAUUUUAUUACAUUGUUUCGUAGUUUGCAUUCAUAAUGCAUAUAUUCAAUGUCUGUCUGCUGUACAUAAAAUGUAUUUUUUUUUAAUAGCUUGUUUCGUUGUUUGAUAUUUGAACAUUUUUAGUUCCAUUGCUCCAGUGAAGUUUUCUAGUAUACACCUGAAAAUACAGAACCCCCUCCUUGCCUGAAUUGAAGCUUCUGUGUUUGUACAUUUUAAUUUCUAGCAUGCUUUGUGACCAGAUCUGUUUCCACUUCUUGUCGUUAAGAUAAUGUUGGUCUACCGAUUAAAAAUAAAGAUUUUUUUUGUAAAUGU